AUGCCGACGGCGCGGCGUCGCGGUGUCGCGAUCGCGGCCGUUGGGCGCGCGGCCGCGACCGCAGACAGCGACUCGCGUCGAGGCGCGUCGAGGCGGCGCAUGUCGGCGGAGACGACGCCCGCGGCGUCGCCCGCGGCGUCGCCGAGCGCGCGCGCGACGCCGGGCGCGCGCGCGACGCCCAGACGCGAUGACGCCGCGCGACGCGGGACAUCGCAUUCGCCAACGGCGAACGAAAACGCGACGCCGACGCGCGCGGACGCGACGACGCGACGCGUGUUCACCGUGGAUGACUUCAUGCGCGUCGAAGACGUCGUCAAGGGCGAACGGGACUGGCAGAGCGUGCGACCGUGCGUGCGGAGGGCGUUUGAGGGAAUGGCGUACGUGCUGCGUCGCCACGAGCGCGGCGCCGAGGCGACGCGCGCGGAGCUGGAGGCGCUGAGAACGCGCUCGAUGAGCGCUGGCGCGGAAACGGCGAUCGUGGCUUCGAACGCGGCGCGAUCGGAGGUCGACGCGCUGAAGUUGGAGCUGGCGGAGGCGAGACACGAGGCGGCGGAACGAAGGGUGGAGGCGCUGGAGGACGCGACGAACGCGCUGCGAGAGGAGUUGCAAGCGUCGAGGGCGAUACACGCGGCGACGCUCGAUCGCUUGGCGGCGCUGGAGACGCUGCACGCGUCAACGGCGAGUAAGGUAGCGGUGGACUUGUUUGAACUCGAGACGCAGAUUAGUGUGAAGGCGACGGAGGGCGCGGCGGCGGCGGCGAAAGCCGUGGACGCUCGACUGGAGACCAUGGCGGGCGAGAUGUCAGACGUCACCACGCUCGUGCGAGAGUUGGAGGUUGAAGUGCAGGAGACGCGACUAAAGGCGAAUCAAACUGCGCUGUCACUCGCUGCGGCGGACGUGCCGUCCAUCGCGAGCGAGUUGGAAAUCGUGAAGGCGCGUGCGGCGCGCGCUUCGCAAGACGCCAACACCGUCAGCGAGGCUCUACUCGAGGUGCGCGAGCUCGCGAAUUCCAUGGAGCGUUUGAGUGAUGAUUGUGCCGAGGAUGCUAAGCGAGUGCACGAUCGAUGUGAGCACGUCGACCAGACGUAUGCGCGGUUCAAAGAAGCGUUGGCGCAGACGGAGAAGAUGGAAUCGAUGGCAAAUGACUUUGUCGAACGCAUCGAGUCUCGAGGCCAGCAAACUAUCGAUCGCAUAGAGAAGGACGUCCAGCGUAUCGGGACGUUGGGCGAUGAAAUUGCAUCGACGGCUGAGCAACACGCGAGCUUGGUACAGGAGCAAGGCGAAGUUUUGUCGUCUCAGCUCAAGGAGUGGGGCGCAAAGGUUGUGGAGAAAGUCACCCAAAAGGCUGAAUCAGCCGUGACAGAAGUCAUGGAAUAUCGAAUUCGAGAAAUUGAGUCGUCGACGGAUAGCGCCGCCGCGCGAAACGCCGAGCGGGCCGCACAAGAGACGCGAAAGUGCGUCGCGCUCGCGGAAGAGGCGAUGCGCAAAGCGGAUGACGAAAACAACGCGUUCAAGGAGAGCGUACUCUCGAGCGUGAAUCAAAUGAAGGCUGCGUCGGAACGCGCGGAUGAGUUAAAACAGUGGAUCAACAAUCAGUUCACAUCGUUCGCGGAAUUACGCGAGGAAAGCAUCGCGGCUUUGAGAGGAAGCGAGAAGAAUUCUGUCGACAUGUUGUCCAAGGUCUCCGAGGAGCACACCAGGGCGAUGAAGCGCGUGUUGGGUGAAGCCGAGGCGACGCGUGGCAUCACGGAUGCGGGACACAAGACGCGAAUCGAUCGGUUAGAUGAACGGUUCGAGAGAUUUGAGGCGCGCGUCGCUGCGAGUGAGCUUCGCGUGGAAUCUUGCGAGGUGUCGAUGAAACUCGAGAGGCAGGCGGCCAAACCAAACGCCGAGGCGCAAGCCGUCGCUCUCCAAACGGUAGAGAAGAGACUAAACCAUGCUGUUGCCGCUGUGGAGAGAGAUUUGCGCGAAGAGCUGCGCCUCGCGUCCGACCGUUCGACGAACGAGUUCAGAAAGGAGUUGAUGAUGAUCCAAGACGCCGUCUUCGGCGGCGUCGGUGGCGCGCGCAGCGAAUACGCCUACUCCCCCGCGGGCUCGCCUUUGGGCACGCCUAGCAAGUUGACGCACCUUGAAGUGUACUCGGUGUCAGCGUAUUCCGAACAGUCGGGAUCAAUGCAGUCUCGCAUCGCAAACUUGACGAGAAAGCAAGAAGAGCAGGAUCUCAUCAUUCACAGCAUGCAUGAGAGCAUGGAACGCACCAUCAAGGAUCGACCGUCGACGUCAACGGUCCGUGAGCUCUUUGACGAUGUCUCCAAGCGUGUCGAAGCGAUGCAAGAGAGUAUCGAGUGGGACAAAGUUGAACGCAGCAAGACGAAACGUACGCUCACUGAGCUUCGCACAUACGUCGACGAUCGUUGCACAAAGAUGGAGACGCAGACACUGCGCGACUUCAAUAAAUUUGGUUCCGAAAACGCAGAAAUGCACAUUCCGCGCAGCGCAAACUCGUUGGAUUACGGGCGAAAAUUUGUCACGCAUCCCGAGCUACAGGCAGCGAUCUCGAUCGUGGAGGAUCACAUCCGAAAAUUGUCCAAGCGAAUGCGCGAAGAAUCCAAAGCGAGUGAAACUUCUGUCUCGGCCGUGUCAGUAGACGACGAUCUGAUUUCGUUUUAA